UGGCUGCCAGGGCUGACGAACCCGAACCUCUGCGGCAGAACGGAUGUCCGGAAAAUCCGCAAAAAAUUGUACAAUUUCGGGGGCCAGGAAAAGGAGCCAUGAAUAAGAAAAGCAACGUGUGGCAGUUCUUUUACAAGACCUCCGGGACUGUGGCCAAAUGUCUUUUGUGCAACAGAAACUACUCGAGGAGGGGACGCGGCACCACCUGUCUGCGGAAUCAUCUGAAGAGCAAGCACCCACCGGAGUUCCUGGCUCUUUCCGGGGACAUUAAGUACCUGGACCUGGUAAAGAGCGAGAUCUCGAUUGGUUCGCCACUGCACCCAACAGCCCAGUUGGAACUGAAUUUGCACGAACCAGAUCCUGAUCCUUUGGACACCGAAGACAUUUCUUAUAGUAUGCGCUGUGAUGAGAAGAUGGCCCUCAUGCUAUUAAACCACUCCUUUGAGUUCAUCGAAGGACCCGGAUUCAUAAAUUUAAUAAGAGUGCUACAGCCCAGAUAUCUGAUUCAGUCAAGGAGCUACUAUGAGAACAUACUAUGUGGGAAUAUAUACAGGAAAAUGCAAGAGCAUCUGAAGCUGCAGUUGGAUCUCUUGGAUGCCAUCUCAUUAUCCACAAGUCUUUGGCGGGGGGACAAAGGUAAAGGACUGCUGAGCCUAUCUUGUACUGGGAUCUCAAGGGACUUCAAAACUCACCGCUUUAUGCUAAAGUGUGAGGCUUUAAAUUAUGAAAGCACUUCUAAAGUUGCAUGUUCUAUUCGGGAUUUGGUGCCCAGCCUGACGAUAGAGGUGCCCAAGGAGAAAACCCACUGCAUCAUCAGGGAUGAGAUGACGGCUCUGCCAGGAUCCCUGCCCGAUUGCAGUGUCCAUCGCUUGCAGAUGUGCGUGAGAUUUGCUCUGCAGUCGAAUGAAUUGCUCCAGAACCUGUCAUCGAAAUGCAAGCAAAUAGUGGACCAUUUUGCUUCCUCUAAGAUAGCCAACGAUCAUCUCAAAUUUAUUCAAGAGAUCCGCCUGACCCGAGAUCCUUGUCCGCUAGUACCUUUUGAUCCUUUGCAAUGGAACUCAACGUUCAAGAUGAUGGCCAGCGUGAUCCGAAUGAAAGAUGCCAUAUCCCUGUAUUGCGAAGAGUAUAAUCUGGUCCAAAUAUAUCCCGAUGAAUGGGUGGAAAUUGACUUGUGCAGCAAAGUAAUGCAGCCUUUUGAGGAGACAAUUAAGAUUUGGAGCAAUCCUUUAACGACAACUUCAUCGGUAAUUCCACUGGUGGCCGCUUUACGGGAUUCUCUACGAACCGAUGUCCAUAAUUUUGUUUCCUCGGUGACCAUUUGCAGUUUUGCCAGAAAGUUGCUUGAAGAGCUGGAAAUGAAGUUCUCCCAUGUCACCUCCGAUAUCAAGUUUUUGAUGGCCACCUAUUUGGAUCCGAGAUACAAGCAAGCAUUCUUUACCGAGCGAGAGGAGCACUUGGUGGCCAAUGAGGUUUUGCUUCAGCUCACUAGAGCGCAGGAUGAUCGCAACGGUCAGGCACCGUUGAAAAUAAUCAAGGUGACAUCAUCUUCCUCCCUCAAGAAUGAAUCAAAGAUUGAUAGUAUACUGGAUAAUAUACUAACAACUGGACCUACCAACAAUACUCAACCGGCAACAACGUCAUUUGCCUGCCAGUCACAGAUUAAGAACCUACUAUAUUUAUACAACUCCGAGUCCAGAAUCGAUAGGAACAUGGAUCCCCUGAUGUGGUGGAAGACAAACAUCAAGUACAGUUCACUGUACCCCAUUGUCCGGAAAUUUUUAUCGGCACCAGCAGCAAGUGUGGCUAGUGAAAGUCUAUUUAGAAAAUCUGCACACUUGUAUCAGGAUAUGCACUCGGGUCUGUGCUCCGAAAGUGCAUCCAAGAUAUUACUGAUAAAAUCGAACUAUGGUUAUUCGGACAUCAAGGAGUAGAGUAAAUUACUAAGAGCAAUACCAAUUAGUGAAA